AUGUACUAUACAAAAUUAAUGUUUUGUGGAUUUUUCAUUGCAAUAUUUCGCGAAACGACCACAAUUAACCACGAUAUAUUUAAAAAAGAAAUAUACUGCGGCAAAAAAUUAGUUAACAUAUUAACACAAUUUUGUUUAGAACUUCCGACUCAUCAUCAUACAGGUGUUUUAGUAUUAAGUCGAAAUAAGAGACAGGUUGUUAAGGAAUGUUGUAAAAAUAAAUGUUCUUUAAGCUAUUUAUUGGAAAAUUACUGUGAAAAAGUUAAUACAAUAGCUCUUGAAGCAUUUGUAAAUAUAAGUGAUAAUAAAACUACGAAUGUACAAGUUGAUAAUCCAAAUUUAACAACACCUUCAACACCUUUCACAUCAAUUAAAUCAAGUUUUCAUAAAAGACAAAGGCGCAGAAGGAAAAGAAACUGCAAAUGCCGUGAACUACUUAAUAGAACACAGGUACUUAACAAAGAACUGCCUAAACUGUUACACAAAGAAAAUGUACCUGAAUCUGAAAUUGGACAGAUUGAGUUCCUUCAAAAACCAUUUUAUGUAUUUUUAACUUAAUUAAUAAAUAUUAGAUUUGGA